AUUUGGGAUAAGCUGCAGUAAUAGCUAAUUGUAUUUAGAGGCCCAGCAGCUCCACCAGGCAAAGGGUUUCAAAGGACUGCAUGGGAGAAUUCACUUCACAAGAGGCCCCUUUCAGACACUCUCCAGUACAACUUGUCAAUGAGAAAGGAGAGGGUAAAAGUUUCAAGCUGUCAAGAAGAAUUGCAUUCAAUCUACUUCUGGGUCUGCUCCUACUCAAUGAGGUAGGUUUUGCUGGCUGAAAUUCUUCUCCAGUCUCAAGGCAGUAACAUUGUGGCCGUGAGUACCUGAGAGAAGCCCUGUGGAAAAGGCAAGCUGAAGAGCAGGACAAUGCCAUCCACAUGUGCUGUAGAAUGAAAAAUUCUGAAGCAGGAAUUGGGGGACUUCCUAUGGAAGUGACUGUGCGUUCUCAAUAUGCCUCAUGUAUUCUCCACACGGAUUGAGAGAGCAAUUUUGCUGUUCAACCUCUUCUGGAUGCCCUCAAGGCCUGGAUGCUGCCAUCCUACACCUGCAAUGUGACCAAAACCAGUUCUCCUCCUGGAGCUGUGGAGAGUCUGGCCAUAGCCUGUAUAGGUACCCACAGGGUCUGGAGGAACUCUGUCCAGGAUGAGACAGAAGGAAUCUUUGGGCAAUGGAGGAAUCCCCAAGAAAAGCAAUGGAAAUUUGCUGCAUCAAUCCGUGGCCAAAAGGAGAUGAGCAGAAACAUUCUGCUGGUGGAAAUAUGUUCAAGGAUGUAAUUAGCAACAGUAGUAAAAGAACAGAGAUGGAAACAUGAAAUUAAAUGGAGCUAAGUAUGCAAACCUGCUCUUGCAGUGGGUCACUCAGUGAUGUUUAAAACAAAUGGGAGUGGGCAGUAUUAGCUUAAUUCUUAAUUUUGUAUUCAUCUGCUGGUCCUCACAGCAAAUGCUCUUGCCUUAUCAAAAUUCCCACAUCUGUGGCAGAUUGGCACUAUGAGGGUGUGGGGACUUGGGUGCCCAAGGCUUUUGUCUCUCCUGGCAGCUCUGCCUUCAACAGGUGAGCAGGGGCUUGUGCAGUCUGUGUCACCUGGGCAUCAAUUUUCUGACCUUUCCCCUUAGAUGAAGCCAGGAUUCAUGCUUUAGUUUCAGAUCACAGCUGACAAAGCAGUUUAUCUUUUAUGUAUUUUUCUGAUGUAGUUUUUCAGCCAAUUUUUUAAAAUUGAAAUUUGUAGUUGAGUUUAUCUUUGAAAAAAACUGCUUUGAAUUCUUCAUGGUAGUCAAGAUGUUUUUCAGCAUUUCUUUAACCAUUUUUAAAUUGAUUUGCCUCACCAGUAAAUAUCAGUAAUUUAAGAUUUAUGAUUUUCUCUUCAUAUAAAUGUUUCCCCUAGGAUUAAGCUUGAGAUAAAUUCCUUCAUGUUGCUGCCCACUACUUGCAUUCAUGGGUAAAUUAAACUGUCUGGUUCCUUGUCACUGAUUUUUCAAUUGCUAAUAAUUAAAAUUGCAGAAGCAUUUUAAUGCCAAAGAUUAAUCAUAUGUUGGGGGACAUAUUAGGUUUUGACAAAGGUUUGGUAGGUAAAGUUUAAAGCAAGAAUGGCUUUUUUAUAUUAUUUAUUUUUACUUUUAGCUUUCCUGGCCUUUCAAGUGUGCUCAGAAGUGAGAUGGAUUAUUAUAAUAUUUGCCACAGUUUAUUCUCAUGCAUCCCUAAAACAGGAACAUGUGAGAUGAGGAACUCUUCAUCUGGAGGGAUGUGUGUAAUGGCUGAUAUCAAAAGCUGUUCACCCAUCCUCAGUGAUUACAACCCCCUGAGAGCUGCUCCCCAGUCCAUGAUAUCAGCUGAAAUCACUCUCUUCCUGCCAUGAUCCGGCUGCUUUGCUAUUUUGUCUGUACUGACCCUGGAGCUCAUUCCUUAUGCUGAUUAAUGUCUUCAUAUGGUCCUGAAACUCACUGUCCUACAUGUGUGCCCCUGCUUCUCCUAUGCUGUUACCUUGUGAGUGAUUUCUCAUAAUUACAGCACAUUUUUGUGAAGACACAUUGCCUGCUCUGUCCUGCCAGACACAGUCCUCAGAGCCUCAGUAGCUGGAGGGCAGCCAGGCAAUAUUUUGCAGCUGCUUUGUGAAAAUCCCAGUGGCUCAGACCUCAGUGGUGUUGGACUCAGACAUAACCAGAUGUCGAGAUUUCUUACCAAGCAUAUCCUGAGCUUCAGAAUGUUCACAAAUUCGUGUGAAUAAUGAUGCAUCCUACCUAAAGGAUGUGUGUUCUAUCUCCAGUUCAGACUCCCUAUCCCAUACAAGUUUAGAAGGAAAAUUUCUGUAAACUAUCUUGUACUCAACUAAAUAGACCAAAUAGUCACCAGACUCAUCCUGGUGUAAGAACAGAGCUAAAUAAAAGCUAUUUUAAUAUAUUUCCAGCUCUUGGAUGUAUUGUCCACAUACUGAAGUGUUUGCUCUUUCCAUACCCUGCUGUACCAAUUGCCACACAAGGACUAGCAAAUUGCUGAUCUAAUUCCAUGAAAUAUCAUGUGGUGGCUUCUCCACCCUUGGGGAAUUCUCCUAGAAAGUCAAAGCUGGUCUGGAAACUAUUUUUUGCCGUUGGAACAGUUUAAAGAAGCUGCCUCCCAGCAGUGAGUGGAGCCUGUUGUGCCUAACAGAUGUUUGCAGUCCUGCCUCAGAGCUGCAUGAGCUCACAUCUGAGCCUUCUCCUGACAAAGCACAUCUGAGAGGGGUCCUUUGCUUCGUGUCACUUGCUUUUCCACCCGAUUUAGCUGAUGUGCUGAGUGUUGUGUGCAGGGAUAUCCUCCAGGCAGCACCCAAGGCUCCGAGGGAUCUCUCAGACAGAGGUGUUCACAUCUCCUCCCAGGAGCAUUCUAAUCUGAGUGUUGUGAAUAAUACAAAGCAUGUCCUCAAUGUCUGUUUGGUCUAGUGGAAGUGGCAGGUUCCUGAGGUGGAAGUGUUCCUUAUAGUGCUCUACAAACACUCACAUCCUGUAUUUCAUUAAGUGUUCCACUGGCUUGCUGAGCAUUGCAGAAGAGAUACAGCAUUGCCUCAGGUCUGUCUGUUUGUCAGGAACGUACCCAUGCAGCUGCUCCUUCUGCCUUGUCUGAUCCCCGAGUCCAUCCAUCCUGGCAAAGUGUGUUAGUGUGUCACUGCUGGUUAAGCAUGAAUUUUCUUUUUCAGUACUGUGCCAAGUUUUUACUCUUUGAAGAUAUCAUUAAAAACACCUCAAAGUUCCUCUGUCUCACACAAUGUUGUUUUCAGGAAUUGCUUGAAGGUUGGUUUUUUUUUUGAAUGAGCUGUUUAUACAACCAGACACAUUAACCAAGAGAAUAAUUCCAUUUCAAGAGAAAGAAUGAAGAACAAAAUUGAAUGUGCACCAUCCCUAAGAUAACCACACUUGGAGUCUUUGACAUCAAAUCCUUAAACACUCUUAAUGCCCUGGAAAGACACUUGCUUACCUUCAACUGAGGUAGAACAAAGAAAAGAAAAAUGAAGUGACAGGUGCUUAGCCUCAUUUUUCAUGCUAGCUUUGCCAUGCCAUUUUCACCAAUAAUGAAGGCAGCUGCCAGAGCUUGAGGAAAUCAGGCGAAAAAUUCAGCUGGCAGCAACACCAGUUUAAAUGUGAGCAGUUCAGUCUAUCUGAGUGUGGAGAGCUAAUCUAGCUCAGGCCUCAGCAGGGGUGCAUCCUGUUAAAAGAGAAUAUCCAAAAAGUGCAAGAUUGAACUGGCCUUAUCAUUCUAUUUGGGCAUUGAGUAAGGCACUCCACCACUGUUAAGCCUUUUGCUUCCUUUGGACACUGACAUUUAACCUCUAAGUUGUUCAGCUGCGGGUUUUAGAUCUGGAAGCUCCAUUUGUACCUGGCUUUGCAAAGUGUUUUACCACAAAAACACCACUGCCAGUGCUUUGAUAGAAAUCCAGGCUGGUCCUGUUCCAAGAGAUCCAGGCUUUUUUCCCCAAAGGUCAGCUUGUUCAUGAUGAGGAUGUUGAGUUUGUACUGCCAGGAAGAUGCAUUUUGGGGAAAGCAGCUUAUUUCUAAAUGACUAAAAUGGAAUUAUGGGCUGCUGAGAGUGAGCCUGACAGAGGUGCUGCUCAGGACACACAUCUGUGCCUGCAACAUGCAGAACUGGAACAGAAAAAGAAAUGGCUCUACUUUUUGCAAUGAGAGCUGCUCUUGGCUUGGUUCUUAAACAAAAUUUAGGGCACUAAAGAUGGUCCAGGUUGUGGAUUACAUGAGAACUCCAAUGCAUAUUACUGAACUCCACAACUGUGAAUUCAGACUGCAAUGGCUCAGGCACAGUGUCCUCAUCCACCCAAGUGUUAGUCCCAAAGGACUGCAGCGAGGGAACCUUCUCAGAGUCUUGGCUGCUGGGUGGGUUUCAUGAAGCUUCCAUGAAGCAUCUUCAAUCUGGGCAGUGGAUUUCUGCUAGGUAGCACAUUGCUGAGCCAGGCUGUCUCUAGAAGCACCAAUCAUCCACAAAAUCACCACCAACUCUGCAAUAUUUUAGGCUGAUUGUGAGUCAAGUCUGUCUCUGCUGAGGAAGUUAACUGAUGCACCCUCUAAUUAAAGUCUCUGCAGCACCUUCCUCCACAUAAAUGGGCUGGUGAAUUCCUGCUGGUUCCUGUGGUCACCAGUGCAACAGAGGGACCCGUCUGAGUGACAGCACAUCAGGUUUCUCCUGUAGGAAACUACCAUUUCUUCCAUGCCUUCAGAACUGUGGGAGUUACUGCAGGAAUAUAUGAGCUGUUUGAGUUUGAAAAGCAAAGACAGCCAAAAUGAGAUUGUUUUGGAGAGAAGUGAUAGCCAACCUGGGACAGCAGUAAAGGAAACCUCAGUGGUGUCACAAUUCAAUUACAAGGAGGGGAAGUUCCUGCAGAUCCCUAGCAAGCUGGCCCACCACCACCAUUCCCAGAAUUUCCUGCAAGGUGCUGUACUGGCCACAGGGAGGAUGUGACCUUCAGGAAUGGGUGCUUGAGAAUUUUCACCUUCUAAAAAUUGAGAUUUAUGAUCCAGUGACUUGAACCUUUCCCUUUCAGGGACCCCUCAGCUGAGAGCAGCCGUGUCGGAGGGAGCAGCUUGGCCACACGGUGGAGCGGUCGGAUCUCUGCAGGGAGAAAUCCGAAGGCUGCCUGGUGCCAGCAUCCUCCAGCACGCAGGGAUGCUGCAAGUCCUCCGAGUUCUCCUGGGAGCCGCGAUUUUACGGUGAUUUAUGUUCAUUCCUGCAAAAAGGGUGGGAAUGGCUUUUGCCCCCGCCCAGGGCUGGAAGCAGCAUCUAAUGGUGAAAUUAAUUACCAGGGCGUUUCAUUCAGGGCAGCAAUUCCAGUUUGCCUUCAGCAUCAGGACUGCACUCUCAUCCUCCUGUCACAUGCAGGUGAAGGGGUUCUCAUCCCACUGAUCACCCCUGGAUGCAUCAAAUUCUUCACACAAAUACAUUUAUGGUACAGACAGGGGCAAGGUGCUGUCCUCACCCUGCUCCCCCUACACAGCUCAUGAUGUGCUUUGCCUUCCUCCAGGCUCAUCUGGGGCAAUGCUUGGCUGGGACCACACAGGAGGGAAAGGCUAAGGACCAGCAGCAGAUCAGGAACAUUGCUUAAUAAAAUGCUAAUACAUUCUUAUUAGCAUGGAAGCCCUCCCAGAGUGGAUAUUAAGACAAAGAGCUUUUGGCAUUUGUGCAGAGUUAAGGGAACAUCUGUGUUUGUGAUGGCAGGAGAUUCAUUGUGUGACAAUAGAAAUGGAUCCUCGAAGGAAAAUCCUUUUAUUCAUAAAAAGGCUCGCAGCACACGCUGCUCUCUGCUUAAUAACAUUUGGCUGCUGCUGAGACGCCUGCCCAGCGAGCUCCAAGCUGCUGCCAGCCCUGCAGAGUCCCACCUGGCAGCAUGGCAGCAGCACAGGGCUCCCCUGCGCCCAGAGCUGCCAAGCCCUGCAAGAAGCAGCGCACGGUGAAGCGGCAAAGCGGCAUCUACACCUACCAGGAGCCUCCCCACAGCAACUCGGAUGACGACGCUGGUGAAGAGAAGGCUGAGAGCCAUGACCCAGAGCAGAUCUUUCAGAACAUCCAGUACCAGAAGGAGAUCAUGUCCAACAUCCGCUGCCGGCCGUGGCCCAUGAGGCAGAAGCUGAGGGCACUCAGGCAGGCCAAGGAGAUCGUGCUGAAGUACGAGGGGAGGCUCACGAGAACCAGAGGUUACCAGGCUGCUGGGGCAGAGCUUUGGAAGAAGUUUAUUCGACUUGCAUACAAUUUUGUGGUAAUCUUUAUUCCUUGGGAAAUGAGAAUAAAGAAAAUCGAGAGUCAUUUUGGGUCUGGAGUUGCCUCUUACUUCAUCUUCCUGAGAUGGCUGUUUGGGAUCAAUAUUGUCCUCACCAUAAUGACAGGAGCAUUUGUAGUCCUACCAGAGCUCCUGGCCGGAGCCCCGUUCGGCAGCACGCUCAGCAAGACCAUUCCCAAGGAGCACAUUGCAUCUGCUCAAGACCUGGACACCAUCUGGUCCCUAGGGGGCUACCUCCAGUACUCUGUCCUGUUUUAUGGCUAUUAUGGUCGGGACAGGAAGAUUGGCAAAGCUGGAUACCGGCUGCCUCUUGCCUACUUCCUUGUUGGAAUGGCUGUGUUUGCUUACAGCUUCAUCAUUCUUCUAAAAAAAAUGGCAAAGAACUCAAGAAUGAGUUUAGCAAGUGCCUCUGAUGAAAAUUACACUUUCUGCUGGAGACUUUUCUGUGCUUGGGACUAUUUGAUAGGAAACCCUGAGGCUGCAGAGAGCAAAGCUGCAGCCAUAGUCAACAGCAUCAGGGAAGCUAUACUGGAAGAGCAGGAAAAGAAGAAAAGCAAAAACUUGGCAGUGACCAUAAGCUUAAGAAUUAUUGCAAACAUCCUCGUGCUCCUGUCCCUUGCAGGAAGUAUUUACAUCAUCUACUUUGUGGUGGAUCGAUCCCAAAGGUUAGAGCGCACCAAGAAGGAAUUGACUCUCUGGGAAAAAAAUGAGGUCAGCGUAGUUGUGUCACUGAUCACAAUGAUUGCACCCUCUGCUUUUGAACUUGUGGCAGCUCUGGAGAUGUACCAUCCAAGGACCACUCUUCGCUUCCAGCUUGCCAGAGUUCUUGUCCUAUACCUGGGAAACCUCUACAGUUUAAUCAUUGCCCUCCUGGAUAAAGUGGACAGUAUGAGUGUCACUGACUCUGAUGUGAACAACAAUGCAAGUAAUUCUACCACCUCCUUAGCAACUAACACUCUUUCUAAGGAUGACAAUUUAACCAUUCCUGGUGUACAAAUUAAGAGAAAUGGCUUUGUCACAUUAGAAGAGCAUCGCACCCAAGGCCUGACAGACUCACUGGUUAACCAGACAAUUUCCUUUAACACCCAGAACCCACAGGAUCAGUGCUGGGAGACAUACGUUGGUCAAGAGAUGCUCAAGCUUUCAAUUAUCGACAUGAUUUUCACAGUUGCAAGCAUCCUGCUAAUUGAUUUUUUCCGUGGACUGUGUGUCCGGUAUCUGAGUGAUUGCUGGUGCUGGGAUCUAGAAAGCAAGUUUCCAGAGUAUGGAGAAUUCAAAAUUGCAGAGAACGUAUUGCAUUUGGUCUACAACCAAGGAAUGAUCUGGAUGGGAGCUUUCUUUUCACCUUGCUUACCAGCAUUCAAUGUACUCAAGUUGAUUGGACUCAUGUACCUGAGGAGCUGGGCUGUGCUGACAUGCAAUGUACCACACCAGCAGGUUUUCAGAGCAUCUCGAUCCAAUAAUUUCUACUUGGCCAUGUUGCUGUUUAUGCUGUUCUUGUGCAUGUUACCAACAAUUUUUGCUAUUGCCCGAUAUAAGCCAUCCUUAAGCUGUGGCCCCUUCAGUGGUCAAGAAAAAAUAUAUGAUAUUGUUUCUGAAACGAUUCAAAAUGAUUUUCCCACAUGGUUCAACACAGUGAUUACUUACAUCAGCAGUCCUGUGGUUGUCCUCCCUGCACUGCUACUGUUAUUCAUGCUAAUCUACUACCUACAAAGUAUUGCAAGAUCAUUAAAAUUCACCAACAAUCAACUGAGAAUGAAGAUACAAACGGAAAGAACUGAAGACAAGAAGAAGGUGGUUCAGAUGGCAGUAGCCAGAAUCCAAAAUAUGGAUGCUAAUGACAAAAGACCAGAGCAAGAAACUGAUAUUAUCAGCCAGGAGUCUUCUGUUCGCUCCUCAACACCCCGAAAGAAUGGCAGCGUCUUGAACUUUGAAUCUCCUGUGAGCAAAGGCACCAGAAUACAAACCAUUUCCCAGUCUGUGCCCCAAGCUGUACCAACAACUGAUGUUGUGAGACCUGCCAAUGCAACUCCCACAACUUCGACCUCUUUAACACCAGCUCCCUCUGUGUCAAGUGUACAGAAAGCAAGAAAUGAUCAUAUCACAAACAGAUACCCAAGUGUUGUUCAUAGGAGUGCGAGUGAGCUGUGCAAAACAAAGCCCUACACACCAGUGACUUUCAAAAAGCACACUGAAGAUGUUCACUCUGACCCUCUCUUCAGAAAAGCCAUUCGGCAGGUAAAUUCGGAUGCCCUUGGGGCUGGGGCUCCUGUAUUUUUGGGAUGUAGACCAUAUGCUACCAGGUAUUUUCUGGUUAAUGAAAAUGAGCCCCGCAAAAAAUCGCUCCGUUCUACCUCCCGACUCCAAAGGCAUUUCAGAAAGGAGGAAUCAGGAGACAUUAUUGAGCUGUAUCCACGCCACAUCAGACGAUAUGUGGUUCGGACACCACACCAGAUGUAUUCCCCUCAUCCCAGUGAAGAUGAGGAGGAUGAAGAAGAACUUGAGAAAGAAUUCAUGAACAGAUCCCAUCGCCCUCGCUCGCUGUCUGACCUGCGCCCAGCAUCACGGUUUUACAUUGGGGAUCGCGCUGAUGGCCACGUUCUAAUGAGCAAAGAUCUAGCCAGAGUGCAUUACAAAUCCUGGGAUGAUGGUUUUGAGCUGGACCUGGACAGGCCUCCAUAUGCUUACAAAAAAGUACACCUGAACUAUCCUGAGCCACGUGUGAAACCAAAAUCAAAGCAAAAGCUGGAGCAAUCUCUAACCGAGUCUGAUUCCAUUUCCAUUGAAUCCAGCAGUGAUCCGCAGAACAGCAGCAAUGACCAGUACAUCCAGGUCAUUCAUACCAAGGACAAGUAUCCAAAAACUGGAGCAAAACUCACCAAAAAGAAACCUAAAACCAGUGUUAAUCUAAGUAUGUCUGAGCCUAGUGAACUGGUGUGUUCAAAUGUCUGAGAAAGUGCCACAGCCUCCUUGUGUUUUGAGCCAGUGUAUGUGCAGUUGUACUUUACUUGCUGUUGGAGGUCUGUCAGAGUAACUGUGAUGUAGUUUUUGUAAGAAUAGUGUAUGCAGCCAUUCGAGGUGGGGAAAGCCUUGUGUUUUACUCUUUGUCGUACCUUGCUUUAAUAUCACAACUGAUAUGUCACAAAUUUUAGAAAAGAAGGUUAUUCCAAUUUAUUCCCUACUGUUACACUGUCAAAUCUCUGCCUAGUGGAAAAUCAAAAGCCAUGUACUUGGAGCACUUCAAUUAAACCAGUACAAAAAUACAUCAGAUGAGGCUGGUUUUAUCUGAUGCAGCCAGAGCUGAAGACGCUUCCUGAAUAAAUUCAGCAGGGAAUCAGCUUCCUGCAAACGGAGUUGCUACUUGGAGUAGAUCUUGAUGUGCCUGGUUUGAAUAUGCUGUGGCCCAAACAAAUCCGGAAAAAAUGUUAACUGAGUUUCUUUAGAGUGUAUCACAUGGGCAGGGGAGUUAUUUGACAACGUGAGUCAGACUUCUAGAUUAAAUCCUAGAUCCUCUAUUAAUUUUCUGGUCAGCCUCAGACCAGCCUGGUAAACUUCUCAGUGGUAAACUUUCGAUCUUUAGAAAUGGAGACUUCAUUACUUCACUUCAUUACUCGUAGUUUCCAAAUUCUAUCCCGUCUUUCACACAGCACUGCAAUUUCGCACUUCCUUUAGAUACUGAAGAUUGCUUGGUUGGUUUUGCGCUUGUUCUCU